GCUGUCAAGGCCACUUUGGGGAUCGUCUUCGUCUUGGGGCAGGACAGGGGCACUUCACUUUCUCGACCCUGUUCUUUUCCUCACCCCAGCAACAAGCCAAUAUUGGCUUUCGACUUGUUUCACCCAGAAGCCCCUCUUCGCUCUGUUCUCCUUUUGAACCCUUGUUUUCUUCCCUCGAUUGCGACGUCAUCUGCGUUCUUACAAGAACUUACCUCUCUUCAAUUCUGUCCAUUGACAAACUCCCCACUCUACCACUCUUGAACUCUGUUUCUGUACUUGACUUUCUUGUCAGUCGUUGCUUACUGCGAUCUUGUCUGCAACGUCAUUCCAUCAGCGUAACAACUAUUGACGAUUCUUGUUGAAUCAAUCAACACUACAACUUCACACCAACUUGCUCCAAAUCUGCCAUCAUGUCUACUCCUCGUAUCAAGCGUCAAUUCGCCGGCGCCUCUGCCGACCCAUCUCAACGUCAAAUCACUUCCUUCUUCAAUGCCCGAUCAUCCGAUGAGUCUGCGAUUGCUGAGGCCGACAAGCCCAUGCAACCUACUCUUCCUUCAAACGUCCAGGCCAACCUACUCAGUGUCGGUAUGCGAGUUCGCAAGUCCGUUCCCGAAGGCUACAAGACAAAGGGCACCAGUGCUUUCAAGCUCUGGACAGACAAUGCACCUGUAAACGCUUCUACCGCUACUGCAAAGGCACCUGGCAAGGGUGCUUCCCGAGAGCUUCUCCCCUUCUGCGGAAUCAACAAGGUCGGCGGCCUCGACACCCAGCCGGAAUUCGAGGAUGAUGUACCAGACCUCGAUGCUAUCCCCGAGCUCACCAUGUCGCAAGAGAGUGCGGAGGGCGAGUCGUACGACGGUUCUCGAAAGCGAAUUUUCGACGAGGAUGACGAUGAGCUUGACUCGAGCUUUGACAUGGGCAACCACGGAAACCCUCGAGUCAUGGCUAUUCCAGUUUCACGAAAGGGUGCCGGUUUAAGGAGCUUUGGUCAAGACAACCGGAACUCAGGAUCUGACUUUGAUGAGGCUGAUUUCCUCGUCAACCCCGAAAUGGACCUAGCCAACUAAGUCACAGUGUUGUUCAUUGGCUCAAGAAGAGCUUUGUAUGUUUCAUGUUCACUAGAAGCUAUGUCGCGGUGUCGCAAGCUUUGGGUCAGGCGUUCAGGAUUAUGAUAUAUUAAUGCUUCAGAGCGGUUAAAUGUUAUUGGAUGGCAAAAAUGUAUCGGGACUCGCUGUAUGCUGUAUGGAAAUAAAACAAACCGGUCGUUAUAAGACCUACAAUUAUAUCCUUGUCCACCAACUUACAUACCAACGAAUGGCUCUCGGAAUUCUAGCAGAUCUCGUUGUCCGUAAAACUCACCAGCUACCGUCAAGAUCAUAUUAAGAGUUGCACG